AUGUCGCAAUCCGGACUUUCAUCAACAUGGGGCCCAGGAAGUGGUGAUGGUGCUGCUGCCCCUGGUAGCCGCCGAAAGAAGGUCUACGAAUACUUCAAAGCGGCGAAUGAGCUACGCCAGACCUAUACCUCACAAUGGUCGGGGCAAAGGAAUGAACAUGACGAGGACUACUACAAUACCCCCGGUGCUUUCCCGGAUGUGGAAAUUGCACGGUCAGGCGAUGAGGAAAUGGUGGUCUUCCCCAGUUAUGCUAGGAAAUUGGCAGAGAAGAAGAACACCGGUACCAGCACACGUCCGCGACGUGACUCGUGGUCAGAAACUAUCGAUGAAUACCGGGGUGCAACCCAUGAGGAUAAUGAUGCCUCCUCACCUACUUGGGAUGCAACAGAGACUGAAGAUGCAGUCGUGGCCGUUGACGUGCGUGGCUGGAUUUACUCUCCUGGUCGAUCGCCGAUGAGCCGAAAGCACCGGUUGAUGAUUUCCUUGGCCAGGAAGCUGAGCGGAAUCUCUACGCCAUCUGGAACUUCAAAUGAUGAAAGUAACGACAAGAUUUCUGGGAAGGGAGAUGAUGAAUACAUCGACAAGGAGAUCCAAACAUUAGUCGCCAAGGCUGAAAAGGAAGCAGACCCGGCCUGGAAAGGCUCGAAUGCGGAGCAAACAAACCAACCCGCUGCACCAUUGAGUAAAGAUGAAUUAUCUAUGGCGAAUGCCCAUCUGAUGGAAAGACUUCGUCCGUUUUUGACGAAUCCCGUUGGAAGCAUGCCAGUGACGGUGUUCUUCUUCAACGACAAUGAAAGCAAGUCCCGAAAUAUCGUGACGGAUGAAUCAGGCCAUUUUACUCUCCGCGCUACACUGCCCUUUGUGCCAACUCAUAUUCGCGUGUUGGCAUCUGAGGAUCUGUCUGUCGCAAGGCCAAUUGAGGUCAUUGAUCCCGUUGGAAUCAGUUUGAUCAGUGACAUCGAUGAUACAGUCAAGCACUCUGCUAUUGCCAGUGGAGCGAAAGAGAUGUUCCGCAACACAUUCGUCCGUGAAUUGGAUGAACUUACAGUCGAAGGAGUCAGCGACUGGUACUGCAAACUGGCUAGUGAUGGUGUGCAAAUUCACUAUGUGUCGAAUGCUCCCUGGCAAUUGUAUCCCCUCCUUGAGCGGUACUUCAAGAUGGUGGGAUUGCCCCCGGGUUCCUUCCAUCUCAAACAGUACUCGGGCAUGCUUCAAGGAAUCUUUGAGCCCACUGCAGAGAGGAAACGGGGCUCAUUAGAACAAAUUCUGCGCGACUUCCCUGAACGAAAAUUCAUUCUUGUCGGCGACAGUGGUGAAGCUGAUCUGGAGGUUUACACUGAGAUUGUCUUGGCAAAUCCUGGCCAGAUCCUGGGUAUCUUCAUUCGUGAUGUUACGACCUCAGAAACCCAGAAGUUCUUCGACAAAUCGGUCGGCCAUCUUGACCAGUCUAAACGCAGUCGCAGUUCACCAAAUGUAGUGGACCACUCGGACGCCGCUACCAAUAGACCGACGCUGCCGCCUCGAGGUGGCACCGCUAUUGACUCUACAGUGCCUGUAGGCCAUCAUGACCCAGAUCCAAGGGAUCUUGACCUUGAGGACCUGAUUGAUCUCACAGAUCUCAUCAUUGACGAUCAGCCACCUCCAGCGGGGCUUACCCACCCCACCACUCCCCGGCCACGCCCAGCGAAACCAAUCAAACCAUCUGCAUUGCGCAUGGUUUCUACGCCAGCUGAUUUGGCGAAGAGUUCCAGACCUUCCUCUUUGCGCAACGUUGCUACACAUUCCGAUGAGCCGGAAAAAGACUCAAAAUCGGCACCAGCACGAGAGGCCCCCAGGCGCAAACCAGUCCCGCCUGUGCCACCCAGACGUGGAGUGCCCAAGACAGAUUCAUUGAUUGAUGUGGAUCCCUCGCCUUCAACCUCACAGAGCAGCGCUGGGACAUCAACGAAUGAAAUUCCUUCUUCGUGGCUCAAAGGCCUCGACGAUGGUUCUGCAGGCACUCAGAGUCAAUCGCAAGCUACAAGUGCCAAGCCACCACCGCCUCGCCCCCCUCCGCGUCGCACAAACACCGGGUCCUCAACAACCAGUUCAGAUCCCACUGCAUCAACUACAUCAACUACGCCCGCUCGGACUCCGGCUCCCGCGAGUGGCAUUCAAUCAUACCCAGUGGCAGCCGCCCAGGCUGCAUACCAAGGGUUCCAGUAUGCAAGCGACCGACUCAACUUCUCGGGAGCUCCCUCUCUACGAAAGUCUCCAUCCAACCAAUCCCUUGGGAGAGCAGGGUCCAAGGAGUCGGGAAUGCCGCCCCCGCCACUCCCAAAUAAGCGCGAGGAGCUUUGGCGACGUCGUUGGGAUCGUGCAAGUGAAGUGCUUGAACAUCACGGCGUUGUGCUAGGCAGUUGGAGGGUCGGAACCGAUGCGCAGCCUGUUUGUGCGUGGUUAAUGGAACAGGCGAUGAAAGAUAUCAAGGCUGGUCGUUCGAAGGGGGAUCGUUGA